UCGACUGGCUGGACCUGCCUGGCAGGUGGACCUACGGCGUCUGCGGGGAUGGACGUGUCUUCUUCAUCAACGAUGAGACCAAGUCCACGAGCUGGGUGCACCCCGGCACAGGCUACUCCAUCCAGAGUGGGCACUUCUCCUGUGCUGGGCUGCCCCGAGGCUGGGAGGUGGACACCACGCUGCACGGGGGCUUCUACUUCAUCAACCACAAUGAAAGGCGGAACACGUUCCUGCACCCAGUGACGGGACAGGUCCCCGAGGACACCUCAAGACUUGACCCGCAAAAAUCCACCUCGGACAUGUCCAGCAAAGCUGGGAGUAAGCGAGCGGCGCCCAUCACCAGCGAGCCCCCCAACCACACCAUGGUGGCCGAGGUGCCCCCGGAGCGCCCCGGAGGCCGGGUGGGUGCCCGGGGCCGUGCGGCACGGCAGGGAGCAACGGAGCCAGGGAGCCGGGGCCCUCCCCCAGGACUGAGCAGCUCCUCUGCCCCUCUGCAGGCUUCGCGCUCCUCCCGCAAGGGCAUCGCCUUCGGGAAGCGCUCCAAUUCCAUGAAGAGGAACCCCAAUGCCGCUGUCACCAAAAGCGGGUGGCUCUACAAGCAGGCCAGCUCGGGUGUGAAGCAGUGGAACAAGCGCUGGUUCGUGCUGGUGGAUCGCUGCCUCUUCUACUACAAAGAUGAGAAGGAGGAGAGCAUCCUGGGCAGCAUCCCGCUCCUCAGCUUCCGUGUGGCAGCCGUGCAGCCCUCCGACAACAUCAGCAGGAAGCACACGUUCAAGGUGACGGUGUGCUGGGUGGAGGAGAUGCCAGCGAGUAACGGGCAGUCCCUGUCUCCCCAGGCCGAGCACGCUGGCAUCCGGACCUACUUCUUCAGCGCUGAGAACACGGAGGAGCAGGAAUCCUGGAUCCAAGCCAUGGGCGAAGCCGCCCGGGUGCAGAUCCCUCCAACACAGAGGCACGAGAAGCCAGACUCUGAGAACAUCCCCCCCAGCAAACACCACCACCACCACCACAACACCUCCCACCGCGAGCACCCCAAAGCUGACCCCGACGCCAAAACCCGGGGGGAAGGCGACGGCCGUGGCUCGGAGAAGAUCGAGAGGAAGCCGGAAAGGAUGGAGAGCAAGAAGGAACCUUUGGCCAAAGCCAACGGCAUCGCGGGGCCGGAGAUGCCCUCGGAGCCGGGCAGCCCUUACCCCGAAGCGCCGCGGGUGCCAGCGGAGCGGCCACCACAGCCCAACGGCUGGUUGUACCCGUCCCCCAGCCGCCCCGGCAGCACCGCGUUCCCCCCCGGCGAUGGGGACAGCGCGGCCCCGCGCCGCGGCAUCGCCCCCCGCACCAACCCCGAGAAGCUGGCGCAGCGCAAGAGCUCCAUGACGCAGCUGCAGCAGUGGGUGAACUCGCGCCGUGGGGCCGUGCCCCCCGAGGAGCUGCGGAGCCCCACCAGGUUUUACCCCAUGUCUCGCCGGGUACCAGACUACUAUUCCCCCUACUCACCCCAGUACCCUGAGGACUACCAGUACUAUCCCCCCGGCGUGCGCCCCGACAGCAUCUGCUCCAUGCCAGCCUACGAGCGGGUGAGCCCGCCCUGGGCGCUGGAGGACAAGCGGCAUUCCUUCCGCAACGGGGGCACCUACCAGCUCCGCGACUGGAAGGAGCAUCCCGGCUUUGGCCGGCAGGAUGUCCCGCUCUGGCUGCCCGGUCCCGGGAGGCAGCCGACCUACUUGGAUGAGGUGGAUGCAGCUUCAGGCUCGCUGCGGCGCAUGUCGCUGCAGCCCCGGUCCCACUCGGUGCCCCGCUCGCCCAGCCAGGGCUCCUACACCCGGGCACGGGUUUACUCCCCAGUGCGCUCGCCCAGCGCCCGCUUUGAGCGGCUGCCAUCCCGGGGAGAGGAGAUUUACGCUGACCCCGCCACCUUCAUGAUGAGGAGAUCCAUCAGUUCUCCAAAGUAUGACUAUCUGGGGGACAGACGGCCCAUCCCUGCGGGAAUGUACCCAUACCACUACCCAGCAUCACCCACCAUCCACGACAAGAUGGAUGAACUUUUAGACCUUCAGUUGCAAAGAAACCUAGAGUAUUUGGACCAGCAGAUGAGCGAGAGUGAAACCCUCAUCAGUAUGGUGAACAGGAUGGUGGAGACCUCCUCCCCUAGGGCUCAGCUCUACAUGCAAGUGACACCCUUCCCGGAGGCCUAUAGGGAGACAGUGCACACCUACAAGAUCAGCGAGCAAGACACUGAUAAGCUGCUGGGGAAGCUCUGUGAGCAGAACAAGGUGCUGCGGGAGCAGGAGAGGCUGGUACAGCAGCUCCGAGCAGAGAAGGAGAGCCUGGAGAGUGCCCUGAUGGGGACGCACCAGGAGCUGGAGAUGUUCGGGAGCCAACCUGCCUACCCGGAGAAGCUGCUGCACAAGAAGGAAUCACUCCAGAAUCAACUCAUCAAUAUCCGUGUGGAGCUGUCUCAGGCCAGCACGGCCCUGGCAAACAGCACUGCUGAGUACGAGAGCCUGGAGAGCAAGGUGUCCACCCUGCACGAUGACCUCUGGGAGCAGCUGAACCUGGACAUCCAGAACGAGAUGCUGAACCGGCAGAUCCAGAAGGAGAUCUGGCGGAUCCAGGACGUGAUGGAGGGGCUGAGGAAGAACAACCCAUCCCGCGGCACGGACACUGCCAAGCACAGAGUGGCCAUGGGCCCCUCAGGGACGUACAGCUCCAACAGCCCCGCCAGCCCCCUGAGCUCCGCCAGCCUCACCAGCCCCCUCAGCCCCUUCUCCCUCGUCUCUGGCUCCCAGGGAUCACCCACCAAGCCAGGACCUGCUGAGGAAUCAGGCCCGCCUCGACCUCCCCUCCCCAAGUCCUACGUGCCCCUGGAGUCUCCUCCGAGCAUCCCUCCGCUCCCCAGCGAGAGCCGGCUCUGGCCAUACCCCACCUCCCCGUCCUGGCAGCAAGGUGGCGAGGCCAAGAGGGGACAGCCCAAGCCAAGCUUCGAGCAGAGCAAGAAGGAUGCUCAGAGACCAGCACCCCCCGGUCCCCAGGCCGAGGGGCUCCGGCAGGAGCAGGAGGCGGAGAAGCAGGCGGCUCUCAACAAGGUGGGCAUCGUGCCCCCCAGGACCAAGUCUCCAGCAGAGGAGGAGGUGGUGACAGCGGCUGGAGUGCCACGGAGGAGCGGUGGCAGCAUGGCCAACGGGCUCGGCUCCAAGGAGAGACCCAAGAGCGCUGUGUUUGCCACCGAGACGAAGGUGAAGAUGAGUGUGGAGGAGCAGAUCGACCGCAUGAAGCGGCACCAGAGCGGCUCCAUGAAGGAGAAGCGGCGCAGCCUUCAGCUCCCCGGCACCCAGCAGCCCGAGCCCCCCGGCACGAAGACACCCGCCUCAUAUAAGGUGGUGCGCCGGCACCGCAGCAUCCAUGAGGUGGAUAUCUCCGACCUGGAGGCAGCGCUGCGCUCCGAUGACCCCAGCAAGGUCUAUGAGACACCCCAGGAGGAGAUCGCCCGCCUGCGCAAGAUGGAGCUGGAGCCACAGCACUAUGAUGUGGACAUCAAUAAGGAGCUCUCCACGCCGGACAAAGUGCUCAUCCCUGAGCGGUACGUGGAGCUGGAGCCUGAUAUGCCCCUCAGCCCCGAGGAGAUGAAGGAGAAGCAGAAGAAGGUGGAAAGGAUCAAGACCCUCAUUGCCAAAUCCAGCCUGCAGAACGUCAUCCCCCUGGGCGAGGGCGAGCUGGACACCCCCCAGGACCCCGAGACCCAGCUGCAGGAGCAGGAGAAGAGGAUUGAGAUCUCGUGUGCUCUGGCUGCCGAGGCCUCCCGCCGGGGCCGCAUGCUCUCGGCUCAAUGCGCUACCCCAAGCCCUCCCACCUCCCCAGCCUCCCCGACUCCACCGACCAACCCCCUCUCGUCUGAAACAUCCCGAGGCGCCGACAACAGCCAUUUUAUGCGUGUCUGAGCCAUGAACUCAAGCCCUGGCUGCUGCCGGUGCCAUCAAGUUCCAUGGGGCCACGUUUUAGCCCCCAACACGACUCCAAACCUCUCGCCAUCGUCUUCGGUUCUCCUGGACCCCUCUUUCCCUCCCAUGGGUGGCGAGUGAGAAGAUGUGUCGCUGACAGCACCGGCUGCUCUGCCCCAUCCCGGAGGAGACGUGUGGGGUUUUGGGGGUGUCCACUGCAGAGUGUGGUCCCCGAUGAGCCCCUGGGCUGCCAUCCAGCACGGGGACAGAUCUACGGUGUCCUGAGUGUCAGGCUUGUGUGGACGGUGAGGCAGGAGCAUCUGCUGUGCCACUGAGCAUGGGACUCCGCAGCUCCCCGUGCUGAUGUGUUGGUCUCCCAAAGGUCUACAAAGGGGUUCUCCUGCAUGGAGACCUGCCAGCGCCCACUGUGGGUGGUGCUUCCACCAUACACUGGACAUGGAUGCUCCAUCUCUGCUCCUCGGGCGCAUCUUCCCCUCCCUGUGCCCUGAACUUGCUUUUAGCAUCCAUCCGGCUGGCAGAGCCUGGCCUGUCCCACCACGCUGGUGGCUCAGCAGGAGGAUAAGGAGCUGUAUUGGGAACAGGAUGGAUGGAGAUGGGAGUGGGGAUGACACGGAGGUGCCUGGGGGAGCACCGUGUUUGGGCUCAGGGGGGUAAGGGGCUGCCUGGGGCACUGGUGCACCGCUGGCACGGAGCAGGAGGUCUGGGCAGGGAUGGGGACAUUGCAGGGGAGCAGGAGGUGUGAGAUGGGACAGUGAUGCCACAGGCUCAACAGGGAUCCCUCUGCAGUGGCUGGGAUGGUGAAGGAAGAGGAAGGGGCUUGGGACCAGGUGGUAUCUCUGUCUUAGCCCCAUCUGGCACCAGGUCUCACCCCAAGACCUGGCCAUUGCGCUCCAGACCCUUCGACUUGUCUGGGUUCCCUGUAGCAAGUUUCCCUUUUUCUUUAGCUUUUUGGAGGGAGGAAAAUAAGUUGGUUCUGCCUGGAAAAGUGGAUUUCCACACAAGGUUGUGUGUAUGGCGGGGCUGGCAUGGGCAAGGCGAAUGGUGUGAGGAGCUGGAUACCCUCCAUCCUGCAGCUCUUUCCUUACUGGCCUGAUCCUGACCCCCCCUCUCCUGCAUCCCCAUCACCCCCAUCUCAGCAAUACCAGUAGGAUCCCAGGAGCCCCAAAUCCCGCUCCGCUCCCCAGCUUCCCGCAGCCCUCUUAGCUCAUAAAGCUGGCCCUUUAUUUUGCUAUUACAUGCCUUAAUAUAUGUUUUAUGGAAAUUAUACAUUUAUAAUAUAUAUCUAUAUUUGGGUUUCUCUUCUUUUCGGGGAGGUACUGUGUUGUGCUGAGCUCUGUCUCAGCAGGGUGGUUGGCACUAGCCCUGCCCAUGAGUUCCAAAAGCAAAUUCUUUGCCAAUUUAUCAGAGGGGGGGGGAAAAC